UGAAAGAAAAGGCAUGUGUUUUAUUUUUGGUGCGGAAAUCGUUAUCCAUCCUCUGCAAUUAUUCGUUAAUUUUAUUUAAAAUUAUCACUUUACGUAGGUAAUGGAAAAACAGCAGUUUAAGGGCCUUCUUAGAAUAUUGAUAAGAUAUGAACGGGUAUAUAAAAACAAUAAUUUGCGAAGCGUUAUUCAAACACUUAGUAGUUUCAGAAGCAACACAAUGGAUAGACGUAUUAAGCUGUUUUAUUUGCUUUUCGUACUUUAUACUGUAAAAGCUCAGACUGAUUAUUGCAAAUUAAGUUGUGAUGGUACGGUACAGACGGUGUGCGAAAGAAAAAAUGUGAACUGUGGAGCUGAUCCACAGAUUUGCAAAAAUUUCAAAGAAAUGAAAUUGAAUGAUGCAGAGAGACGACUGGUGCUGGACGUUCAUAACAAAUUGAGAAAUAAAGUUGCUACAGGAAAAGAAACGAGGGGACCUCAACCUAAAGCGUCGAAUAUGAAAGCUCUGAGUUAUAGUAAGGAACUGGAAUAUAUAGCUCAAUGUCACACAAACUCGUGCAAGUGGGGUCACGACAAAUGUAGAAAGACUCUUCAAUGGGGAUGGGUCGGACAAAACCUUUUCUCAAGAUCUUACAAAGGAACUACUAUAACCACACAAUAUAUGUUAAAUUCGUCGAUCUAUGGUUGCGGAAAAGAGAUAGGCCAUUAUACACAAGCAGUUUGGGCUCGUACACGAUAUGUUGGUUGCGGACUCACUUUCUACGUAGAUUCCAAGGGUUGGGAUGUGUAUUACCUAGCCUGUAACUACGGAGAAGGCGGUAACAUUAACACAUGGCCGGUGUACGAGAUAGGAAAUCCAGCUACAAAGUGUGAUGGCUUGCCCGUUAAUUCAAAAUAUCCUGGACUUUGUGGACCUGAUAAUCUUUAGAAGAUUUAGUCAACUGCAUAUAGCUAAUUGUUUUCAUAAGUUAAGUUAUUAAAAUAAACAAAAAACCUAUUU